AUGCGACUACGUCUGAACAGUAUAAUAUGUCAAUCAAUAUGCACAUAUCAGUUCCCCCAUUCGAUUUCUACACGCAGAUACCAUAACUUACCAUCUGUUCCAACAAUUAGUUGUUCUUUCGAUGAGGUCAAUCUCGAUGAGUUCAGGCAAAAAGCAUUCAUUCCUAUGAAGCCUGUAUUCAUGAGAUCAAUGAAUAACGAAUCUUCAACGAGCCCAAAGAAUGAUACCUCAAUUAGUGUAGCCGCCAAAUGGUUUGUGCCUGUUUCUUCGACGCAAUCUGCAAAUCUGGUUCCACCCAGUGAGACCAACACUCUUGCGCCCUCAAGAUAUCUCCAUAGCUUUGCAGAUACAAUCCUUCCUUACGAAUUGACCGUCGACUCUAUCAAUAUGCGAAAACAACUUGAGUGGUUCAUGCAACCCAGCAAGAACCUCGUUGAAUUCUCGGAGCAGCUAUGCCGGUCACUGGAGCCUUACGAUUCCCACAAAACAUUCUAUCAUUUCCAUGCACCAUUUUCCCUCUUUCUCUGUGCCACUCACCCGACCUGUUCACUUCCCCUCUAUAUUGCACAAGCACAAAUAGCGGAUUUGCCGAGCGAAUUACAGGAGGAUUUACCUGCGCCAAAAGUGGUGAAAGAAGCUGGGAAAGGUGAUAUUUACGAUGCCAAUAUAUGGAUGGGCACAUCGACUAGUUAUACGCCAUUACAUAAAGAUCCAAAUCCGAACCUUUUCGUACAACUAGUGAGCAAAAAAAAGGUCAGAUUGUUCCCACCGAGCAUUGGGAGGGGAAUCUAUCAAAAUGUGCAGCAAAAUAUUGGUGCGUCAGGAAUUGCCAGCAUGAGAGGUGAGGAGAUGAUGGAAGGGCCAGAAAGAUAUCUCCUGGAAGAACGUGUUUGGGGAGAGGGGGUCACAGACGAAGGGUUCGAGGCUGAGGUCGGCCCCGGAGAUGCCUUGUUCAUACCGAAAGGAUGGUGGCAUAGCAUAAAGAGUUCGGAGAGUGGGAUUAAUGCGUCGGUGAACUGGUGGUUCAGGUGA